AUGAAUGAAAGUUAUUUCAACAAUGAGCCCCCACCUGAAAUUUUAAAUGGCUUCAAUAACAAUGAAACUUCUUUAAGUUACUACAACAAUCUCAACGAAAAUGAAAGACAGCCAAUUUUUUCAUCUUAUAUUUCUAGUACGGAAAAACUAAAAUAUUUACCCAAAACCUUAAGAGAGCAUAUUAUAAUUGAAUAUACAGCGACAUUUGCAAUUUUGGAAAGUGAUAUUGUAGAAUUUUAUUUAAAACUAGAUAAUGAUUUGUUAAUAAAAUUUCCAUUUUUACAUGUUGAUCAUCCUUUGCAUGAAUAUUAUGAAUAUGUUAAGGCAAAUACAAAAAAAAGAAUUAUAGAUAUUUAUCCUAAUAUUAUAUCUGAACCUUUACGAGAUUUAUUGUUAUAUGUUCAAAAAUUAGAAAAAGAAAAAAUGAUAAAAAAUGAAACCAAAACAAAAAUGUUAGAAGAAAAACAAGCAAAUGCAUUAAAAGAAGCAAAAGAUAAAACUCGAAAAUUAAAACAAAAAGGAGAUCAAUCAUAUUCAUCACUUUUUUUGAAAUAUAUGGAAUCAGAUGAUGAAACAUUUGAAAAGGAAGAUAUAAAAACUUCUUAA